AUGUCUUCUUCACUAAUGAAAGUGGUUCAAAAACCAAUUAAUUCUAUUAUUGUUCCCCGCCGAAAUUAUUACGGUGGUAUCUAUGUAACCGGUCCGCCUUGCAUUGGACUUGCCAGUCGCGAAAAACUGAUUAGUCUGGCAUUAUUUUGCUCAGUACCAUUCUUGUAUCCAAUGUAUAUCUGGAUACAUCUUCAACAUUAUAAUGGCUCCGGACGUACAUGGUCGGCAUAUCAAAAACAAAACGCCGAAAAACAUAAACGUGAUCAAAAAAUUGCUAAAUCACGACAAGAAAAAUCAAACAAAACCUUGUUACGGUAUCUGUUAAAUACAAUAAGAUAUACCGAACAUUCACAUUGUUUAUGGUUUAAACGGGGUUUGACAACAUACGAGCACCAUGAAUCUCCAACAAUUCCGCAUAUUCAUAGCUAUCAACAACAACUUCCGUUCACCGAAACCAUUCCAUCAAAAUGUCAUGUUGUUAUUGCUGGUGGGGGUCUAGUUGGUAUUUCAGUUGCGUAUCAUUUAAACGAAAUUGGUAUCAAAGAUGUAGUACUUCUUGAACGAGUAAAGCUGGCAUCAGCUGCCACAUGGCAGUCUGGGGGACAAGUAUCUUUGAUUCAAGGAACUGUGAUUGAAACAAUAUUUGCAAAAUAUUCACGUCAAUUAUAUGAACAAUUACAUAAAUCAGAACACGACAUUGGUUUUACGGAGAAAGGAAGCAUCUGGAUCGCUCAAACAUCCGAUCGACUUCACACGUUGAAACGUCAAUUAGCUGAAGCAAAGGCAUUAGAUAUUAGGUGUGAAACAUUGAAUACAGAAAAAUUAAUGGAAAAAGUACCAAUACUUGAUCCACAUGAAAUAUGGGGUGCAUUAUGGAUACCACAGGAUUGUAUGGUAGAUCCAGUUUCUUUAUCAGUGACAUUAGCACAGUUAGCCAUGAAAGGCGGAGUGAAAAUAAUUGAAAAUUGUAGUGUAAAGGAAAUAAAUACAGAAAAGCAACGCGCCGGAGAAUAUCAUCAUGUAACAGGUGUGUUAACGUCUCAAGGAGAAAUUAAGUGCAAUGUUUUUAUCAAUUGUACAGGAAUGUGGGCGCGUGAACUUGGCUUUUUCUCAAAUCCAACUGUUCGUAUUCCGACGCAAGCAUGUGAAUAUAUUUGUUUAAAAACUAAACCAGUACCGAAUUUUCCUCUGAAUAUACCAAUUGUACGAAGCCCUGAUGAACACUUUUACGUUCAACCAUUAGCUGAUCAGAGUGUAUUAAUUGGCGGAUUUUUACCAGAAUCACGUCCAAUAUUUUCCAACGGUGUACCAGAUACAUUUAAUUUUUCCUUACUUCAAGAAAAUUGGGACGAUUUUCAAGCUAUACUUGGCAAUACAAUAAAGCGCCUAUCUAUAUUAGCUGAUUCUGAUUGCGAAACCUUAAUAACUGGUGCUGACAGUUUUUCGCCCGAUGGUAAAUUGAUCAUGAAUGAAUCAGCUGAAAUUGAUAAUUAUUUUGUUGCAACUGGGACAAAUGCCAAUGGUAUUGCGUUAGCUGGUGGUAUUGGUAAGUUUAUAGCCGAAUCAGUUUUUUUGGGCGAUACAAAAACAAGUACAUGGCCAGUUGAUAUAAGACGAUUUAUGCGUUUACACACGAACAAGCGAUUUUUAAAUGAUCGAUUAAGAGAAAUACCAGGAAAACAAUUUUCUUUAAAAUAUCCAACGUAUGGUAUGUCAUUAUAUCGUACUGGAAGAAAAUUACGUGUAUCAGCAUUACAUCCAAAAUUACAAGCAUUGGGUGCUGUAUUCGGAGAAUUACUUGGCUAUGAAAGACCAUUAUUUUUCAACAUUGACGAAGCAGGAAAAGAUGAAUAUAUUGAAGAUCGUAAUAAACAAGGUACAUUUGGAAAGCCAACAUGGUUUAAUAGCGUUAAGAAAGAGUAUAAUGCGUGUAGAAGAAGAGUUGCUGUUAUCGACAUGACAUCGUUUACAAAAUUUGAAAUAAAAUCAGCCGGAAGAAGUGUUGUUGACUUUUUGCAACAUUUAUGUGCCAAUAAUAUAGACAAACCAAUUGGUACUGUAAUUCAUACGGGAAUGUUAAAUCAACAUGGAGGAUAUGAAAAUGAUUGUAGUGUUGUACGACUAGGAGAAUACCACUUUCUCAUAAUCAGUCCAACAUCUCAGUCAACACGUAGUAUGAAAUGGUUAAAAUCUCAUUUUCCCGAUGACGGUUCGAUUUUUUUAUCUGAUGUUACAUCACUUUAUACAGCAUUGAAUGUCAUUGGUCCAAAAGCAAAACAUUUGCUCGGUGAGAUUAGUGAUGAGCCAUUCAACGAUUUUGCUCGUAUGACCUGCAGAGAAAUAGAUGUUGGUUUCGCUAGUCAUAUUUAUGCAAUGCGUCUUACACAUACUGCCGAAGACGGAUUUAUGUUAUAUAUUCCAUCAGAUUAUGCACUGUGUGUGUAUGAUUUAUUAAUGGAGCAGGGUAAAGACUAUGGUAUAAUUAAUGCUGGAUAUUUUGCAAUGAGAACGUUACGAAUUGAAAGUAUGUUUGCUUUUUGGGGACAAGAUCUAGAUAAAAUGAUAACACCAUUAGAUUGCAAUCGAGAGUUUCGUGUUCAUUUUGAUAAAAAUUUCAUUGGAAAAGAGGCAUUAUUAUUACAGCGAAAACAAGGAAUAAAAAAACGUUUUAUUCAAUUUUUACUUGAAGAUCAUGAUCUUGAUUUGGAUCCAUGGCCAUGGUCUGGGGAACCAAUUUAUCGAAAUGGACGAUUUUGUGGUUUUGUCACGUCUACAGCCUACGGUUUUACGCUUGGAAAACAAGUUUGUCUUGGCUAUGUGCAUGCAGAGGGAAAAGACAUCUGUACAACAGAUUAUAUUAGAAAUGCGACGUAUGAAAUUGAUAUUGCUGGUAAAAGAUUUAAAGCAAAAUCAAAUCUCUAUCAACCAAGUGAAAUGGGACCAACAAUUCAACUGAGUACACCCUAA